AUGACUCUGACACUUGUUACACGGCCAACAUGGCGGCUUAUUUUACCGUUACAAUCAGCUUUGCCGCCAAUUCUUUGUGCACCGAGCGUCCGACAUUACUCCCUGAAGAAAGAGUGGAAGGGAAGCUCGACUGACGAACACACGGUCAAACGCUCAAAGAGGGGUGAUACUGCAGAUGUAGAAUCUGAUGCAUCCAUCGCCAGUAUGAACGAAAGGAGGGUAAAUGAAGGUGUUGCGGAUGACGCCAAGUCCCAAGGGACGACAGAAAGAGGCGGAAUGAAGCAUGGGAAGAAGGCUAAGGAGGAACACCCCAAGGCACCAGAGCCGGUUAUUGGAAUGAAUGAUGAGCGAGGUUAA